GGGGGGGAGGGGGGGGGGGAAGAGAUGUGAGGAAUGGAGUCUUUCGGAGACUCGUUUAUGAGAUGUGGAAAAAGAAGAAGAGAGUGUGAGAUUGAUAUCUCAUCUCAUCCAUCAUUCAUUCAUACAUACCUUACAUGAACCCGACCUCGCUAUUCAUGUUCAUGUCCCUGUUCAUCAUCAAACACAAUCCAUCCAUCCUCCUUCCAACACCUCACAUCUCUACCUCACCUCACCUCACAUCUCUACCUCACCUCACAUCACCCAUCCUAUUCUCUUCCCGAACAUCUCCCCUUAUCGAAAUAUCAUCAUCAAAGACUUAUACAACAACAACAACAACAACAACGACACCUCAUCCUCCAAUUCUCUCGGCAUAUUUAUUCGUCCUCAUAUAUACGAUUUGGUUCCGAUUCCGAUUCUCUGGUUAUUUUGGGGAAUGGAAUGAUGGAAGGAUAGGGACUUGACGGGGUAAUGAUGAUGAUGUGCUGAGCGACGACGACGACUUUGUAGCGGUGCGAAAUGAGAAUGAGAUGAGAAUGAGAGUAUUGGUCCGAACUGAAUUGAAUUGGACUUGUAUAUGUCUUGGAGGGGGAGGUUAGAUGUGGUACGAGAGAGGGAUAUGAUGGAUGAUGGAAUGAGAUGUGGAUGUGAAUAAUUUGAUUUUUGGAGUUUUUCUUUUGCUGGGGGGGGGGUUCUGGGUU